AUGGUGGAGGUACUCAGAUUUGAUAAAUUACAAAGAGAAAAGAAUGCUGCAACUUAUAAACCCUUGAUGGAUGAAUUGACAGGUUGUGAUCUUCCAGAAUUCCUUGUCAAACUGGAAAGCAUUCAAGAAUGGGAUAGGUCAAGGGAUGACCUAUUCGUUUGGAUCCCAGUAUUGAAUAGAAUGGAUGAAAUAUUGCAGGGAAUUAUUGAUAAAUAUAAAUACAAAACUACCGAUUACAAAAAAAAUGCUGUGAAAUUGAUUGAAAUGUCAAAGGAGGAUGAAAAAAUAUGUCUCACGUUAACACAAUUUACAGAAAGAUUAUUAUUCAAUUCCGAACAGAGAAAUGUGUAUUCGUCAUUGGAUGUCAUGGAUAACUUGUUGAAUUGUCCAAAUUAUAAGGUUAAAUUGGAUGCUAUGAAAGUGUUGGCUAUAAUGGGAGAAAGAUAUGCUCUUCUUAACCCAAGAUGGGAAAAUAAUCCAAUGUUGUCGAAUCAUAAUUUAAAAACGAAGGCAUUAAAACUAGCAUUAGCAUUACAAUCAUCUGUUAUUGAUGAUGAUGGUGAGCAUUUUUCCUUGGUCGACCUAUUUUUAGAAAAGAAGAAGUUUCCAUCGAAAUGGUCCAAGUUUAAAUAUUCCUAUUACAGUACUAAAGAGACUAAGCCACACAGUAAUGGAGGAGAUACAGGCGAAAGCUCCUCAUCUUUGAAGAAAUUGGUAUUGACAACUGAGGAUCUAACCUCCCAUACUUUACAACAAUUAUUUGAUAAAGGUAUGGCCAUUCUGCCUCAUGAGGAUUGGUAUGAAUUUUCUUUAAAAGUAUCAGCCGCCAAAUCAUUCAGUGAUGAUUCUUCGGAUAAUUUAGAACUGCGAAACAUUAUAAUUAGAACGAAGUUUAAUGCCAUUGCAUUAGUGAACACUAUAUUUGUACCACCUCUUGUAAGCUCCAAAUUGUUCGAAAUUGAUCCAUAUGCAUUUAAUAGUUUAACGGAUUUUAUUUCACUAACAGAACCACAAAUUCCAGAAGAUUUACGUUUAGAUGCACUACUCGCACUAGAGUGUAUAUCUUUGAAACAUGUCUGGUGUUCAGAUAUUAUGCGGAAUCUAGGUGGUAAUAUGUCACACGGUUUGAUGUUCCAGAUCUUACGUAAACUUGCAAAACUUCUGCGGGACGAAAAAUCUCAAAUUAAUGAAGAAUAUAACGUCAGAUUCUUCUAUGUCAUUUCGAAUAUUGCCGACGUAAAGAUGUUACAUGAAUCCCUUCUGGCAGCUGGACUGAUCCCAGCGUUAUUAGACAUUAUUUCGAUAAAGAUGAAUAAUCGAAGAAGAACUUUAGCAUCAGCCACUCAUUUGCUGGAAUCUUUCAUAAGAAAUACCGAUUCCACCGCUGAAUUCAUUAGUAAUAAUGGUUUUAAUAUAUUAAUUAACUCCAUUACUGAAGAAGUUAACUUUGCAUUAGAACAUCCAGAAUUUGGGAAACCACCAAAAUAUUCGAUUGUUUAUUAUUCCAUUUCAUUUAGACAACUUGCGUAUAUCCGAAGUUUAUUAAAACUUGUUUGUCGUCUACUAAAAACAGAUGCUGGUGACAGAAUUAGAAAUCUAAUCGAUUCUCCUAUUUUGGUUUCAUUGAAGCAAAUAUUACAAAAUAGACCCAUCUUUGGUUAUACCUUGAUCACAUUCGUGUUAGACAUUAUUCAAAUAGUGAUCAAUUCCGAACCUACAAUUUUCCCUAUUCUUUCGGAGGCAGGAAUAAUUUCCUGUAUUGUCGACCAUUUCCCAGACCUUAUUGGACCUAAUUACGAAUUAUUUACACUGCUUCCAGAUGUGAUUUCAGCAUUGUGUUUAAAUAAUGAUGUUUUAGAGACAGUAAAGAAAAAUAAACUUAUAGAUACAAUAUUGGGAAAGAUUUUGACUGAUAAGGAAUGUGCUUCAGUUCUAUCAGUACAUGAGGGCCCAUCUGAAAUUGGAACGGCAAUAGAUGAGCUCGGACGAUAUUACCCACUUUUAAAGGACAAUGUGUUAGACGCAUUUGUGAAUCAAACUUAUUCUCUCUUGAAGGUAAUAGAAUUUCAGCAUCCUAUUAUCUAUGAAUCUUCAAAGGGAGACCAGUUUUUCUAUCAUUCCAAAAAUGAAGAAGUUAAUGAUAUGGAGGACGAUGCAGACACAUUAGCCUUUUGGGAUUUAGAAAGUUAUGCUCCAAUUCUAGAAUCAUAUUCAUGUUUGUUCUAUGGUAUGAGCCUGGAUAAUACGUGUUUAGCAAACCUUCCAGAGAAGAUACCAUUCGAUGACUUGUUACCUCUCUUUGCAAUCAACAAUCCUACAUUUGAUUAUGUCGAUUCUGACACAAUGCUAAAUUUUGUUGAUGUUUUGCAACAUUUUGAUGAUAGAAGUAAAGAUUACAGUUUCCCAACAAUAAUGAAAUCGUUGAGUAAGGAACUCAAAGCUUUAGAUUCAUUUCUUCAGUCCUCCAAUGACUGUAGUUUCUUUCUUGAAACAGAUAAGGAAUCAGAAAGAAUGUCAGCUAGGACCGUGAUGAAGGCUUUGGGUCAUCUUUCGACACUUCUUUAUAUCGUAACGAAGGUAUUCAUCAAUACACAAACUUUGUCAGAAAAGAGACUUGUUCAAAUAACAACUUUUUUUCAGAUGGAAGGGUUUGCUCUUAUCAAGAACCUUCGCUUGUUGUUUCAGAAGUGUGCUUUGGAAGAAAUGUAUAUCAGCAGGGAUUUGCCAGACGAUGUGAGGGUUAACACCAUGCCGGAACCAUUCGGUAACGUCCCUCCAAUUCAAAUCUACGUUGAGAAGCCGAUUAAGGAGAGAAAAUUUGAAAAGAAAACAUCCACUAAAUUUAAGAAUACGUUCGAGGUAAGACGUCUCACCAACAACUUACAAACGUAUACUUCAAUAAUAUUCAGAUGCUUUUUAAAAUUGGGAGAAGGCAAAUCUAUUGACCCAGUUCUUCAUGAUCUUAAAACAGAAACACAUAUUUUUGAUGAAGUCGUCACUGAAGUAUUAGAACUCCGAAAUGCUGUGCACUUGAUGGAUAAUCUGGCCUAUUCUUUAGUCUUAUUGAAUUUCAACUCCUAUAUCUUCACUUGUCCAAAGACGGCUGUAAUGCCAUCUGAUUUAUUGCAGACACUGCCUGCCGUCAUAUUUUAUCAAAAAGGCGGUUACCAAUUCUAUGCUGAUUUUGUCAUUGAUUUAUUUUCCAAGAUGACAGAAAUUAAAGACUUGACGUUAAUGGAGAAUAUCGAUUAUGUAAAGGACUCUGAAGAGGUAUUAACUUUAAGUUGCUUGAUUAAUGCUCUUACUUUCCUUAACCGUUCAAUGCAAAAAGAGUUGAUGACAAACAUUAAUUCCCUACUGAAAUAUUACUCAAUAUCAUCGGAAAAUGACAUAAAUUUGGUUGAAAAUUUAAUUUUUCGAAUCAAAUUACUAUCCUUGAAGAUGAUUACCGAAUUGGAUCAGCAACAUAGUUUAUUCGGAUCCAUUUCAAAAUCGGUUCCUUACAGUGUCUUCAAGCAAUUUCUAACCAUGUUGAAGAACUCUUUUAAAGGAGAUUAUUCAAGUUCUUGCUAUCUUUACAAGAUUAAAUGGCAAGAUAUAAUUGAGAAGUAUAAAAGAUAUAAAAUUCUACUAGAAAUAGGUAUGAAGGAAGAUGAUGCUAAACUGUGCCUAGAAAUAAAUUGUGGAGAUUUCCCUGAUAGAGAUUUCGAAUAUCUACUACCUGGUCAAUAUGAAUCACUGGAAAGGCUUGUUCCUGACUUACAAUCUAAGAGCCGACCAACAUUGGAAUGUGUGGAUGACAUUGAGACCCGUGAACUGAAUGAAUUAAGGUUGAAAUUCUAUAAUGAUAGCUUGCCACAAAAGAUAUUUAAUGUUCUUCCUUUCUACCCAAAGUUGGUGAACGCAUUCGCGCGAAUGUUGUUGCAACUAUUUGAAUGCUAUAGUGAAACUGGCUCAAAAUUUGCCAAGAAUAUUCUAUUGAAAAUCCAGGAAACUGAUAUUGCCGAUAGUGAUACAUUGUCGUCUUAUAUACACCUGUUGGGUAUAUUCUUGAACGAGAAUAAGAUAUAUGAACAAUCGGAAGACCUCAUAGUAUUAUUUUUGAAUUAUCUAGUGCAGUACUUGAAACCUGAACACAUUAAUACGCCGUGGUUUUCCAAAGCAUUAUUCGUUUAUGAGAUUAUUUUAACGAAAUCUGAAUUGCCAACAUUUGAGAAAAUAGGGUCGUUUGUCAAAUUAGCUUUAGAUCCUGAAACUCCUACUCCGAUCUAUAAAAUACCAGAGAUCAUAACAGAACGAGUAUUUGAUACGUUGGUGAGAGUUAGCGAAAUAACGAAUUUUUACUCUGCUUUGGCGGAAUGUCGUAUUUUGUUGAUCUAUGCUAGAAACGAAGAAUACGCAAAUGAAAUUGCAAGAUCUGGUAUAUUUAAUAAAUUAUUAAAAGUUAUUGGCUCUUAUCAAAAAUCGGAUAAGAUUAACUUUUUAGAAUCGUCCUUCCUUUUAUUAGCUCGUAGGUGCUUCGAAACUACUGACAUAGUGACUGAACUUAUUCGCUAUGAAAUUAAUAGAAGCUUUGCCCCAAGGCAAUUGAAUUCAGAAGCAAGUCGCGAAGUGUACUUGGAUGCUUUACUUGAAAGUAAGCCACAUAUAUUUAUGAGGAACCCAGCGAAGUUUGUAGAGGUUUUGUCUGAGGUUGCUCGUUUUGAUGAUUUUGACGAAGAUGGAGAACUAAUGGGAUAUACCAUGGUUAGACAAAAAACAAGUAAGGAUCCGAAACUUACAAAUUCGAAAACAGAAGAUGACCUACCAACCGAUACUCCACAAAGAAGCGGUAUUAUUCAUCUAUUAUUAUCACAACUAAUGGCUGCAUCAGAAAAGGACUGGCAAUCAGAGCCAGCUUCUCAGGACCAAAGUCACAAUUCUCACAAAAGAAAACCAGAAAAAAUUGACCCUCGGAAAAAUCCAGUCUGUGCCUAUAUGAUGUUUCUUCUUAAAAUACUUGUUGAACUGGUAAGUAGCUACAAACAUUGCAAGUUCGAAUUUCUGACCUUUGAUAAAAGAAACACGUAUAGCGAACGAAUUCGCCCAAGAAGUACUGCAUUAAAUUUUUUCCUUUACAAAUUAUUAGAAAAGACUGAUGAUCAUCAUGAUGAUAGAUAUGCUUCGAAAAGAAGGGAAGUCAUCGGCUCGCUCUCUAGAGCAGUAAUAGUUGGUUUUAUUUCAACCGUUCAAAACAGUGAACAUCAAGAAGUAAGCUUAAAGGAUAUUGACCCCGAUAUGUCAUUUAUUAGACGAUUUACGACAGAAGUAAUGAUAAAAGCUCUAAAAACUUGUAGUUCCUCUUCCGCGUUAGUUGAGACUAAUGUUAAUAAGUUAGAUGCAUGGUUUAAAACAAUUCGGUCUAUGCUUUACAUACAGGCACCUUAUGUGAGGGCAGUUUUAGACUCAAAUAAGGUACGCAGUGAUAGAUAUCAGGUGUGUAAAAUGAUGCUCGAUUUGAACGUUCCAGCAGCAAUAACAGACUCGAUAGAGUCUUUAGAUCUGAAUUAUCCAUCGAGCAAGCGUCUUUUUAACAAUGCAGUUGAGGCAUUAAAUGCUAUUAACUCAACUAGGAUUGACUUUGCUGAACACUUCCAACUGGAAAAUGACGAGGACGAGGAUGACGUCGAUGAUGAGUCUGAUAAGGAAGAACCUUCGAAUAUGUUUAGAAAUUCUGCUCUCGGUAUGUACGAUGUUGAUGAUAUUGAAGAAGACGACGAAGAAGAUGAGGAUUCACUAAUUGGGGAUGGAGAUGCCAUCGCAUAUGUAGAUGGUGAUGAUGGCGGAUUUGAGGUCAUUUUUACAGAUGAAGAGAGAAGUGAUCAUGAUCAUUUAUCAUCUGGGAGUGAAUCUGAAAGUGAUAGUGACUCUAUUAAUGAAGAAGAUUACUCCUCGACCGGUAUGUCAAUAGACAUAAAUGAAAAUGGAAGCUAUGGUGAGCACUCAGAUAACGAUGGGUUUUCUGAUAAUAGCUCUUUUACCUCGUCUGGUUCAGGUGACAAUAUUGAAAUAAUUGAUGUUGAUGAAGAUGAUUACGAAUCUGGUCUCGAUGUAGAUUUAAGUGAUUAUAAUGUAGACGAAUCGGACUGGGACUCAGGUCUUUCAGAUUUAUCUUCGUUUGGGGAAAGGGACAGUGAGGACGAUGAUGAAGAUUCCCAACGUUCUGAAAGGACUGGUCCAACCCCCUCAAUUCAUGGGCAUCGAUGGACGCUAACAGAUGAUGUAGACAUAUCCGAUGAAGAAUCCGAUGAAGAAUCAAGGGGAGUAUUUCAAGGAAUUGAACAUAUUUUCGAUACAGAUCAACAGAGUUUACUUAGAGUGGCUGAAAGUUUAACACAACAUAACCGCCAUUCAUUAUUACGUGACUCUCAGAGAUCUCACCACCCUCAUGCUCGGUCUUCAUUAUCCAUAUUAGGGGGUAGCAAUAGACGCCUCCAAAAUACUCUCAUUAACCCAUUGGGACCAUCAGGUCUUGAACAAGUGGAGAAUGAUAUGUCCGCGCAAUUAACAAGCGUUGGAUCAGGUAUACACCCGAGAACCGAACGAACUCACUUUGCCGAUGUACUCUUUUCAGGAGAAACGUUGGACGAUAGGAUAGUUGAUGGCAUUGUUUUAAAAUCAUCAAUAGCCAGAUGGAAAGAUAUUUACGACAUGUUUUAUGAGACCAGAAACUAUAGUGCAUAUCUCCUUCCUACAAUUAUUAACAAACUAUACACUAAGAGCUUAAAUUUCCAUCAUGAAUUAGACACUGAAUCCCAGUCGAGCCAAGAGAAAGUCGAUCAACCUGACCGUACAAGAUCGGUAACAUGGCAGCAACCGACCGCAAAUGGCGCUAUAGAACCUGAAGCGGUAGUUGCUAAUGAAGAACAUAUGGAAUCAGAUGAACAUGAUCCAGUUUAUGUUAAUAUCGAAGGUACGGAUGUUGAUAUUGGUGGUACUGAUAUAGAUCCUGAAUUUCUCAGUGCAUUACCAGAAGAGAUAAGAGCUGAAGUCUUUACCCAACAUGUCCUGGAACGCAGAUCUCAGGCAGUAAAUCAUGAAAUACAUUCUCGAGAGAUCGCCCCUGAUUUCCUUAAUGCCAUCCCGGAAGAUAUUAGAAACGAGAUAGUUAGCCAAGAGAUGGUACAUCCACAUUUUAAUGUGCAGGACACUACGCACAGUCAUACUGACAAUGUAGAUGAGUCCUUAAAUACGUCACAUGGCCAAAUUCCAGAAACUAUUAAUGCUAGUGGUAACCCUCUGGUUCCUAUCAUUAAGAAUAAGAAGCCUUCACAGCCCUUAUAUUUCGCACCAAUGCUUGAUCGUUCUGGUAUUGCAGCUCUAAUGAAAUCUUUGUUUAUUUCGCAGCCUUAUAUUCAACGAGAGGUGUAUCAUGAACUUUUCCUCCGUUUAUGCUGUAGUAAACAAAAUAGGAAUGACAUAGUGAAUAUGCUCCUAUUUAUACUAACAGAGGGUAUUAAUGACCAACAUUCUUUGGAAAGGGUUUACUCUUCAAUAUCUAUAAAAGCUCAUGGUAAUGGGAAAUUACAGGGAUUGCCUGUGGUUCACCGUCAAUUGCCAGCAGAUUGUACUCCUUUAACGGUAGCGAAUCAGACAAUCGAGAUCCUGCAUCAUUUACUUGAUGGAAAUCCGAUCCUAAGGUACUUCUUCAUUACUGAGCACGAAAGCCUAUUAGUUAAUAAAUCACUAUCAAAAAAUAAGAAGGAUUUGAAUACAAAAUACGAAAAAUGGCCAAUUAAAUACCUGUUUACCCUUUUGGACAAAAAGAUAAUUACCGAUGAAACAGUUUUAAUGGACUUAUUGAUAAAAAUUCUCCAGUUGUGCACCAAUCCGAUUCGUAAGAUUCAAAAGAACUCUAAUAAGGAUACAUCCAAGCGAAAAUUACAUGUUCCUGUUAUUGAUGUUAAAGAUUUAACUAAAUUAGUUAAUGUUAUAAGAUUGGAUAGCUGCAAUACGAAGGUUUUCCAACAGACGUUGAAUGUAAUGUACAAUUUACUGUCUCUUGAAGAUUCAAUCCAGGCUUUCACAAACGGAUCAGUUACUUUGGCAAAUUCAGCGAUCGAAGCUUUGGUUCCUGACCUUGACCUGCUAAAUCAAGAAUGUUCUACCAUGGAUACCACAAAAGAAAUAUCUUCGAAUUUAAUACAAAAAUUUACUCUUCCAAGUUCAGAUCAGGCGAAGCUUUUAAAGGUUUUAACCACGAUUGAUUAUUUGUAUACACACAAGAAGGAAUUAAAUCAAGAAAAUCGGUCAAUAUUAAUCAAAUUGUAUGAUAGUAUUGGCCUCGGUUCAGUCUGGUCAUCAUUGAGCAAAUGUCUUUUACAAUUUGAAAAAGCCAAAGGAUUUUCUACUUCAGCUACCAUCCUUCUACCUUUAAUAGAAUCGCUGAUGGUGGUAUGUAAGCAUAGUAAAGCAACUCCAGAGAAGGUAAGAAAAUACGAAGAAGAAAAGAAACUUGAUUUCGCAAAGCUCUCUGUUGAAAAUAUGUUUUUCCCGUUCACAGAUGUACAUAAGAAACUUCUUAAUCAAAUGGUCCGCUCUAAUCCAAAACUAAUGAGUGGUCCGUUCGCUCUUUUAGUUAAAAACCCUAAGAUUCUAGAUUUUGACAACAAGAGAUAUUAUUUUGUUGCAAGACUACGUUCUGAUAUUAAGGAGGCACCAAAGUUACCAAUCACAGUUCGCCGUGAUCAAGUAUUCUUAGAUUCUUAUCGAGCUUUGUUCUUCAAGAAAGACGAAGAGAUAAAGGAUUCAAAAUUGGAAAUAACAUUUAAAGGAGAAAGUGGUGUCGAUGCCGGUGGUUUGACAAGAGAGUGGUAUCAAGUUCUAUCAAGGCAAAUGUUUAAUCCGGAUUAUGCCUUGUUCUUACCAGUAGCGUCAGAUAAAACGACUUUCCAUCCAAAUCGUACAUCUGGAAUAAACCCAGAGCAUCUGUCCUUUUUCAAGUUCAUUGGUAUGGUUAUUGGGAAGGCGAUACGUGACCAAUGUUUCCUUGAUUGCCACUUUAGUAGAGAGGUGUAUAAAAAUAUAUUAGGAAAGCCUGUAUCCUUACGAGAUAUGGAGUCGUUAGAUCCAGAUUAUUAUAAAUCUUUGGUUUGGAUCUUGGAAAAUGACAUUACCGACAUUAUUGAAGAAACCUUUUCUGUUGAGUUGGAUGACUACGGAGAACAUAAAACUAUUGAUUUGAUCGAGAACGGUGCCAAUAUACCAGUAACGGAAGAAAAUAAACAAGAGUAUGUUAAGAAAAUUGUAGAGUAUAAAUUGAAUACGUCUGUUAAAGAGCAGAUGGAUAAUUUCCUCAGAGGUUUUUAUGCCUUAAUUCCACUAAAUCUAAUCUCAAUUUUUGAUGAGCAAGAGCUAGAAUUAUUGAUUAGUGGAUUACCAGAUAUCGAUGUUGAUGACUGGAAAAAUAAUACUAAUUACGUGAAUUAUACGAUAUCCGACAGAGAAAUAGGUUAUUUCUGGAGAGCGGUGAGGUCUUUUGAUGGUGAAGAACGUGCCAAAUUGCUACAAUUUGUUACAGGUACCAGUAAAGUUCCUUUGAAUGGAUUCAAAGAGUUAGGUGGGGUUAAUGGUGUUUGUAAAUUCUCAAUUCAUAAAGAUUAUGGUUCCACCGAAAGACUUCCUUCAUCUCACACCUGUUUCAAUCAACUGAACCUACCUGCCUAUAAUUCUUAUGAGACGUUGCGUGGUUCAUUAUUGAUAGCUAUAAAUGAAGGGCAUGAGGGCUUUGGUCUGGCUUAG